CCAGAUGGUUUCUGUUACAACUGGUCAGCUCUGCUGUUGCCAUGGGAAAGCAGCUAUGGACAAUCUGUAAACCAAUGCCUAUGUUCCAAUGGCAUUGUAUUUAUGGACACUGAAAUUUGAAUUUCAUGUAUCAUGAAAUAUUCUUUUUCUUCAAAUUUCCUUUCAGCCAUUCAAAAAUGUACAACAAUUCUUAGCUCACAGGCUGUACAGAAACAUGUGGCAGGUGGAUUGGCCCUCACCCAUGAUGCCCAUUGUAGUUUUGUCCACCCCUGGUAUAGAGGGAAGAAAAAUGACUAAACUUAAUUUAAUGAUGACCGCCUAACAUGAGCGAGGUGCCUAAAACCCAGUGAUCAGUAGAGAGAAAUCGCUCUCCAUAAGCUAGUGGUGGGGCAAACAGACAAGCAAAGAGAGGGGCACCAAGUCCUAGUAGAACAGGUGGAAGGGUUCCUAACCCAGACUUGGGAGGGCAGGGAAAGGGUGCCACACGGGGGGCCUGAUCGACGGGAGGAACUCGUCAAGAAAAAGGGGGGAGCGAAUAUUCCAGGUAAAGAGAAACCCUGCUCUUCAGCAAUUCUGGGAGCUGUCAACAUUAAUAUCAGUCACUGCUGGUGGUGACCUGCCUCACAACAACUGAUAUGGUCCCAAGUUGAAGAAAUAUACCGUCCCUUGUGGUCAAACAUUAUGUCGGUGAUGGUGAUGGUGAUGGUGUCCCUCUCUGGGGUAAAAGGGCUGUAAGACGGACACACGUUCUACCCUCCCCCCCGCCCCGGGGGAACACCCUGAGUCGGCAGCCGUGACAGAUUUGUUAGGGUCUUAACUUGAGAUUGACCUGGACCAAGGUACCUAACACUGCUCAGCUCUUGCUCCGUUGGCCCCAGUGGCUCAUGUUCUCAGAUCCAUUCAAUCCCUUCAUCGUUAGAGAAGAACUUCAGCUUGUGGUUGAUCCACUGUCCCUUAAGUGAGUGGCAGUAUUUCUCUUCUUGCUCAAAAUAAGAAGUGGGAGUAGAUUCCCCAGCAGUCGGGGGAUGGACCUGCAGACUGACUUCAACAAUGAUAUGAAGUGACAAACACAGAAGAGAUGGUAGGAAACAUGAAGCUGAAGGUACUCAAGUUUGUUGUAGGGCUUAUAGCCAUUUCUAUAACUCUUUUGUUUCUCUAUACCAACAAUUUAGUCCUGCCAAAAUACCUGCCAGUGGGGAAAAUCUCAAACUCUUCAGUGCUUGCAGAAGUCUGUGACAUGAUUAUAACAGGAAAGAAAAUCUUGGAUGGAAAUAUACCAAUGACACCACUGACACCACUGAGAAACAUAACUUGCCAACAGUACUUGACCCAGAAUCACUACAUAAUGAAACCUCUGUCCAAAGAUGAAGCUGAGUUCCCUUUGGCAUAUGUCAUGGUCAUCCACAAAGACUUUGAUACAUUUGAGAGGCUUUUCAGGGCUAUUUACAUGCCUCAAAAUGUCUACUGUGUUCAUGUGGAUGAGAAAGCCACCUCUGCUUUCAAGGAUCCGGUAGGAAGCCUGCUGAGCUGCUUCGCAAAUGCCUUUCUGGCUUCCAAGAGGGAGUCUGUGGUCUACGCAGGACUUUCCAGGCUCCAGGCUGACCUGAACUGCCUGCAAGACCUCAUAGGCUCGCAGGUUCCGUGGAAGUACACCAUCAACACCUGCGGGCAAGAUUUCCCCCUGAAAACCAACAGGGAGAUCGUUCAGUAUCUGAAAGGAUUUAAAGGGAAAAACAUCACCCCAGGGGUGCUGCCUCCUCCUCAUAUUAUCAGAAGGACCAGAUAUAUGCACUUGGAGCAGAAAUACCAAUUGUUUUCCUUCAUGCUGUGGACUUGGAUAAGAAAAAUGUCUCCUCCCCAUAAUCUCACCAUUUACUUUGGCUCCAGCUAUGUAGCCCUUACAAGAGAAUUUGCUAAUUUUGUUCUCCAAGACCAGAGGGCCAUUGAUUUACUUGGGUGGUCAAAGGACACCUACUCUCCUGAUGAACAUUUCUGGGUGACACUUAACAGGAUUCCAGAUAUCUGCCCAGCAGUGGGGUUACAGGAUCAUAUGAGCCAGGGUCGCCCUUUCCUCCAGCCUCCGACCACCCUCCAACCUUUGGAGUCAGCCACUCAUCUAUCCUCGGUCACCGGGACCAGC